GAACAAACAAAAAUGGGUUUUUUUAUGACUGCAAUCAUUUUUUUUUAAUCGUGCAUCAUAUAUGGUUCCUACUAAACGGUGAUUCAUGCCACAUUGAAUAAACCCUUAAAGCGAAAAGUAAACGAAUAUGGGCCAUAAUUUUUGUUGGAAAAUCUUAAUGACUGCAUAGAGACAGCUAUAAGAGGAACUUCGAAUCAGCGUUGAAUAUAACACAGUGGAGUUGUGGAUGGAUCUUCAGGUUCCGAAUUGACAUCUCCCCUCUCAUGUCCUGUCUUGCCUUCUUCUUUUGUGCAAGGUCGAAUUGUAUUAUAAUAAAUAUAACCUUUUUGGUUGGGUAGGAUAGUCACACGACUCAGAGCGCCAUUUGAACUUGACAGAUCAGUCAACUUCAAGACUCGUAAGAGAUUUUUAUUUCUUAAUAAGAAUGUAUCUCUGAUGAGCAUUUCAUUAGCAGGUUCAUGAACAGAUGAAGAGCUUUCCUAUUAAUUAUAGGCCCCUUGCUCUCAUUAUUUGGAGCACUUUCAUCACCCUCUCGUGCUUCGAAAUGCCAAGAAUAUAAUUCAAUGUCAGAGGGUGGAAACGAGGACGGGUUUAUGAUAUAACCACGACGACACGCCAACCAUCAAAAAAGAAGAAGAAAGAAAAUAAAUGGGUGCCUUUUUUCUCAUUACUACGAUCUUCCACUGAUCACGACGGUCUCACAACCACGGCGACGUUCACAUCAGAAAAUACAAUACAAUUUGGUCUUCUUAGACUGUCACUACGACAGUGCGUCCAACUAAUAUGACUAACACAACCUAUUCGAGUAGCAUCCAGAACAUGACCACGGAAGGAAAUGCAGGUUUACCAGCUUAUUUCAUUCCUACCGUGUCUGCUGUUGGCAUUUUCGUGUUGAUCAUGUUCCUGUCCGUCGUUAUCGCCUGCUUAAGAAAACGGUGCAUGAAGCCUUCAAACGAUAGAAAAUCGACGCCGCUCGACAACCCUGUUUCUGUAAAUACCGAAUGCUGGGAGAUAGAAAUGUCAGUGAACGCAAGGAAGCGCACAUCUGAUGAAAUUGUCAGUGGAGUCACCGAUCAAUCAGGAGGACCGACGUACGACAUUAUUGCCCCAGACCCUCGAGAGAAGACAUCAAAUCAAAGUUACGAAACUGUCGACCUUGACCCUGCUGGUGGCAGAACCGCUACGCAUGUCAAGUCCCGAACGACCAACAAAGUGCAUUUGGAUGGAACAACGUAUGCCUUGGUUGACAUAGAGAAAAAAGCUCAGGACCGCAAGGAAAAGGAGGCAAAUGCAACAGAAAAACGAUACGGUAUUGACAGGCCUGAAGACAGAGCAUAUGCAACACUUGAAGCCGAUUGUGUCGAUGGUACAUGUGUAGAAAAGAGUGCCACACCACUAGAGGUGGGGUAUACACAAUCUACACCAAUGAAGUCAACUCUAAUGUCGUCUUUGGUCAAGGGGGACAAAGUUAAAGAACAGAGUAGUCGGUACGAAAGCAUUGAGGUCACAAGCAAAGGGGUAUCAGGUAGCACCAAAGACCCAUCUAGUCUGAAACCGGAUUUAUAUCCGCUGAAUGCUUACGAGACAGUUUCUCAACCUUUAUCACCAAAGCUUGGGCCAAGCGAAAGUAACCAAACCUCCACAGGAUCUCCCGUUUCCUCGAAGAUGAUCGGACAGGAGCAGAUGCCUGUCAAGAGGGAAUCCAAUAUGUCGCACACGUAUGAGGAUCCUGUCGCAAUGGUUCAUGCAAACGAUGAGCACUACGACUCGCUGCAACGUGGGCCUGACUUAUCGAAGCAAACAACCUCAUCUAGGACAUCAUCCAAAGGCAAACCAAAGGCGAAAGGAACUUCUAAUCACGACGAUAUCGUCAAUGUUUACAACGAGCUUGCUUCACCUGGUGUUGCUCAACGCGAAUCUGAAAGUGACAGUGAUGCAUACCAGCAUUUGCAGUGUGCUCACAGCGAACGUCGGCUGGCAAGAGAGCCAUUGCUGAGAAUCCCCGAUGAAGGUUACGGAAGGCUCGAUCUGGAUGCUUCUUGUGCUUCUAACAACACGACUGAUGGUAAUCAUCAAGGUCAGGAUGGCUCGAAGACUCCGUCUGAUCCUGUGUAUGCUAACCUAGCUUGAGAAUCCUGAUGAAGCAAAGAUUCCCGAUGAUGACGAUUCAGAGUAUGAUGUCCUAGAUGCGUUCAAAUAAUUUGCAUAUUUUUUUCUAAAUAAAUGCUUAUUGAUUAUUUUUUUUUUUUAUUGCAUUCAAGAUGAAUAUGCAACAUAACAUCUAGGUGAUACAUUUAAGUUUUACAAAACAAUAAAGCAAUAGUCAUAAUAAAGCAAUGAAAAAUAGGUAACAAGAAGCAAUGUUCAAUUAAAAGAAAAUAACAGUUUAAAUGAAUGCAGGAGACCGCCAUCGUAUGCGGUUAAGCUUGAAAAUGAUGGCGGCCUCGUAAAAUGGUACAUAAAUUUCUUUCUUCAUUGAUCAAGUGGGUGCAAUGCAGGUGCAGUAAAGAGCAGUUGAAUAAUUAACUUGAAGAGGGGAUGCAAAUGAUUCGAUUGUUUUUCUUUUGAUAGUAGUUUUAAUUGUUGUUGAACAUAUUGUUGAACAUGACUUAAUAUUGUCUGGAAAGUUGUUCCAAAUAUCAGGUUGAUGUGCUUGAGAUGGGAUGUUGAUUAGAGGGUGUAACAGUGUAAGAGAGCCUGAAUAUGUGUAAGUCCACAUUUGUGGGCAGUACCGAGAUGUAUCAAAGACUGGUGAGAAAGGCUACGAUCCAUAUGGCAUGUAUGAGAACCUAAGACUAGAUGUAGUUUGCGCUGAUGAUGGGACUAUAUUGGCUGGUUUAGGAGAACAUUCUAGAGGACAAUCAAAAAAUCAAUUUUUGUAUAAUGCUUGGUUGCCAUGGUUGUGAACAUGAAAAACUCAUGAUUCUUCUCUUGAAAUACUAUGAUUUAAUCAAAUUCUAGAGGGUGUUAUCAUAUAAAAACUUAUCAAAAUGACAGGUUACAUUGCCAAGAUGGUAACAACAAACAGAUCAAGAGGCUAGUCUGUGUGGAGGAUUGGUCAACCAUAAACUUUCAGUUUGAGGGUCCUAGUUUCGAAUCCAAGUCGCAGCAUAAGAAAAUAUUGUUUCGAAUCAAUGCCGGGUAACCGAAUGUCGAAUAGAUAUCCCCCUAUCCGCCUUCUCAAAUACAAAAUGAAUUGUCCCUCACUUCCACCUAUUAAAACAAAAUGUAUGUCGAGUGUCUUUUCGCUGUUUGUACUUAUCAUGGGUUAUAUUACACAGAUAUUUCCGCAAAGAAUUGUUAAACAUAUCUGAGUUACAGUUUAGGGACACGAUCACUGAGUCAUUUCAUGUCUACUUGAUAACAUUUUGAUAAAUAAGGUAUUUCUUUCAUUACUAAAAUUCAGAUUGUCACGUGUAUUCAUGGUAUUGUAUACGAGUUAAUCGUCAUUAGAUACAAAUAAACAUACCCCUCCACCU